AUGCAGGCAUCGAGAAAUAACAAAAGAUUGACCAUUUCCCGACAACUAGCAUACGUCUGCCCAGAGUGCCAGUCCCAUCUCCGACGGCAACUUGCCACUUAUUCACAUGACCGACUUCCAUAUCAUACAGUGUUGCGACCAGCACCGCAUUUUACGCAAAGGAAGGAUGCAGUCACCAUCAAAAGAGCGAGGUUCAGUACACAAAACAGACUUCUCUCGCUGAAAGAGCCGUCGCAAAGGCUAAACCCCCUUGAAUCCACCCUGCUGUCCUCGAUAUCCAGCGCACUCACUACACCGGAUAAAACUCUGCCGGGACAGUCUGCUGUCCGAGAUCACUUAAGAGCAUGGAGCAUCGAAAACAAGAAGAGAAAAGCAGAAAGGGCCGAAUCAGGUCUUGAUGGUACCAGCCGGGUGACUACCCUACCCAAUUCGCUUUUUAUCGAAGAGGCAAGGUUCGGCGAUGAAGCAUCCCAAGAUGAUGCGGAGCUCGAGGAAUUUGAAGACUCUCUCGAGGGCCGUCAAUCUAUCAAUCUCUAUCCUGGAGAUCUGAUCUACCACCGUCCCCGCGGGGUUAAAUCACGCGAGCAGCUGGCAAUAUACAUGGGUGAAGCGGGCGUUCAGAACCAAUUUUUUCUGGCUGAUGGCAGAUGGCUGGCAGAGACUACCCACCGAGUGACUAGUCCAAUUGUCAGAGGGUUCGCCUCGAUGGAAGAAAUUCAACUGAUUCGGAAACAUCUCCCCAUAAAGCCCUUGGAAAACCAGCCGCGCGACCUGGGACUUGCAACAAACUUCAGCUUUGCUGGUGAAGUGCCUCACCGUGAUUCCGCAGUUUUGAUGAGCCGUCUUCGGGAAUUCAUGGAGGAAAUGUCGGCCUUCCGUCGAGACAAUCUCCGCGCUCUCGACUUCGUUCACGAAGGGCUAGCCCAUGACGAAUAUUAUACCUGUCUUGCUUUUGAGGACGUUGUGCAUAAACUACUCAACAAGAGGUAUGCCACGUUGUCGCCUGCAGCGAUAAUGAUGACGUUCAUGACGUUGAGAUCGAACGCGACGUCGAUUCAGUCGGUUGGAUCCAAGACAAGAGAAGCCCCGCAGUUCAUCUUCACUCCCAAGAAUUUAGUAAAGCGGUUUGAACAAGUUUGUGAAUGGGCACGAGAUUAUCAAGAGUGUGCUGCUCAGGCAGCGCAGGGAAAAGAUGUUGCGAGGGCCUUGGAGCGCAAUCCCCUGAGCUCAUUCAUUGAGAAAGCAAGACGCUUAAUCCUCAAAAGCCGAACGCUGCGAUCUCCCACUACCACGGGCAGCCUGGGCCCUAGCUCGAUCCAGCUCAUCGAAAAUGGCAAGAUAGCCACCAAAGACACAGGAGAAACAUUUUCCGAGAAUGAUAAGAUGUUGCUGGAAUUCCUCUGGGACUGUUAUAUUCGUACACCAGUCCCAGAAUAUCGAAAUCGGUAUCACUCCAUUGGAUCCCUGAUUCUACGGGCUAUUGGAGCAUACCCAAAACUUCGCUUGGAACGCAAGAUCGGCAGUCUUUUACUACAGGAGUUAGGGGUGCUUCCUCCAUGGUCAGAUUCGGUAGACCACGACGUGUCCCUUCAAAUUCCUGGCCGGAGAGGAGCACAUGAAGUAGACCUACUUUUUGCACAAUCGGACAAGGUUUCUGAAGCGAUGGGGUUGACAGAGAAGCGUGAUCAUAACUUGCUCCAGGAUUCCAUGGCAUCACUACGACGCGAUCUGGGUGACAUGCCGGUAUUCUGCGUGGACGAAGAAACAACACGAAUCAGGGAUGACGGCUACUCUAUUGAGGCCGACGAUGCCAUUCAAGGGACGUACUGGGUUCAUUCUCACGUUGCGCACCCCUCUGCCUUCAUCACUCCUGAUCAUAUCUUUGCUAGGAGGGCCCGCAGCAUCGGUCAAUCCUUAUAUUCUAACUCGGUUCAGCCUAUGUUCCCCUGGGGGUUUUCGCAUGCCAUGAGUCUUAGGGCAGAUUCUCCGGCGUUAACAGUCAGCACUCUGCUUACAGAGGAUGGCGAAGUCAAAGAUAUCAAGAUUCUACCUACCAGGCUCCGAAACGUCAUUGAUCUAGAUCCAGCAGCAGUGGAUUCCGUGCUGGGCAAGCGUGCUGAGGAGCAAGCCUACUUGAUCGUGGGUUCCGGAGAGAACGCGACCAUAGCCUCGGAGCGCGCCGGCACUGGGCAGAACCUCCAAAACGCACGGAAGCACCAGUCGGCCCUACGCAAGCUCCAUGAGUUGAUGUUGGCUCGGAGCGAAGCUCGCCGAAGGGCAGUUCCCGAAUACGCAAACUGGCUUAUGAUGCAGAAUGAGGCCGAUGUCAAAACCUCAUACGUUGAAGAGUAUCACCCAGACCGCCUUUAUCACAGCUACCACUAUCAGGGUGAUCCGCUCAUUAAGUGCGUUGCUCCCCGCGUAUACUAUCCGAUUCGGCUGGGGGAGUGGGAGCGGUUUGCCAAUUUGACUACAUUGGUAAUGACGCUGGCAGCAGAGUCGGCUGCAAAAUGGUUCAGCGACCGGGGAAUUCCUGCCUUUUUCACCGGAUCUCUGACACAGCCUGGCUUCCCCCUGUCGAAGCUCAACAGUAUGGGUAGCCAGGAAAGCAAACGUGCUCCAUUGGUGACAUUUUCGUCCACUCCAAUUCCGCAUGUCUUCCUCAGCACCAAGUCAUACUUACGCUUCACUAGCCCCAUUCGACGGUUCACGGACACCCUCGCACACUGGCAGGCCGAUGCAUACUUGCAAGCUGAAGCGAACGGACUUGUCGAACCCGGUGGUGAUGCGAGCAAGCUAGAACUACCCUAUAGCAAGGAGAUGGUGGACGAGUAUAUCUUGACUGACGCCGAAAAGCUGCGCGCUCUCCCUUACAAGGUGAUGAGAAGCCCCAAGGUACACUGGGCUCUCCGAGCACUUUUCCGGGCUUUCCACUUUAAGGAGGCUGAUCUGCCCGAAGUGUGGGAUCUGAGGGUAUUAACCCUUCAUGACGUUGCCUCGACUGGCGACGAUACUGGUUUGCGAGGCCAGCUUCUGCCAUUCCAGCUACCCACACGAUUGCUGGAAUCUCCGGAAGGAUGGGAGAAAAUGGCGCGACGCAACUCUUUCUUGCCCGUCAAAAUCGAGCUGGUCGACCUGGACGAGAUGUGGGUUUCCUGUCGUGCAGUCGGCCCCCCUAGUGAUACGUACAACUUCAGAGAUCCCAUCAGAAUCGUCCCUAAGGGCGCCGAUAUGGUAGGGGUCUAG